CUCACUAUCGUACCUCAACACCCUUUCCUCAAUCUUAAUCUUCUAUAUUCAAGCUACCCGAGUGCUAUCGCCCCCUUUUCCUGAAUCUGCGUAUCAAGUUUCCACUUUUUACCUCUAACCAUGGCCGAUAACGUUGAGAGCGUCACCCCUCGUGUUUUCAAGUCCCAGCGAUUAGCUGACUCGGCGUAUCAUUCGCCAUAUUCGCAUGCUGGUGCCCCUAUUCCUCACCCUAACGACGCUGAUCCAUAUGCUCCGCUUCGAGCCCGCGCUCUUGCCAGCUUGGAGGCAAUGGGUUAUGGCCCGAAGACGAUGGUCGAACGCGGAGUUGUCUGGGCUGAAGACCAGGAUCCCUUUGGCCAUGUAAUGAACUCCCAAUACGCGCAUUUUUUCAGUACUUGCUUCCACCGUGUGAUGGAGAGCUUUGACCAGUUCUUGAGCAAGGAAGAAUUCGAUGACAUGAUACAUGCACGUACUGUCAUACCCGUCCUCCGUAAAUACGAAGUUGACUUCCGCCGCCAGGUGAAAUAUCCUGACUCGGUCCGUACACCUUUGCUCUUAGAUUAUUAAUAUCUUUGCUGAUGCAUAAGAUCAUUAGCUCAUCGCUGCUCACCGUGAGGAUGGCAUAGAACCAACCCGUAAUAACGCCACGGUGUCGCUAUAUUCCCUCAAGCAGCAAGCCAUCGUUGCCGAGGCGAAGGGCUGCGUGACGUUUAUAGACGUUAAGACUAACCGUCCCGUUGAUAUUCGCACUCUAGGUGGCGGGUGGGCAGUCUUGUUCGAACAGUUUACGCAGGAAGCACAGCAGGCGAAGGAGCUCAAGGAGAAAUGGGAUAGCGAACGUGCCAAAGAGAAAGCCGCGAAAGCUCUACGGACGUCGGUAACUGAGUAAAGUAACCCUUGGCGUUGAGCAAAUGUUUUAUUCCCUGUGGAUUGGACACCCUUACCUAUGCUUUGCACGGAGGGGCACUGUUGCCUUCUUUUAUGACUUAUCUUGCUUCCACAAAAUAAGGCAGCCAGACAGCCGUCUUAGGUAUCUAGGUUGCACUUUGAAUAAAUGAAUUACAGAUCGAGUGGCCACAUUCUUUGGCACCUGGCGUCACUAGAUCUAGCCAGCACGGGACAGUGUUGGAUAUACUAGCCAUAUGUUCCUUCGCUGCGUUUGAUUUCGUACAGUUUCGUAUAGUAAAGGUGUUAAAA